AGAAGUUGAGACGGCUUUUCAUAGGACAAUAGUCAUAGAAAUUGGGUUGUUGUCUUUUUCAUUCUUACACUUGUGGUUUCUCUUUCUCUACUUGCUUUCACUGUAAGUUUCGCCCUUCUUUGCUCCUGUCCCUUUAUUUUUGGUAUUUAAACUACAAGUUUUUUUCUUGGGAUUGUUCACUAGUGUGUGUGUAUGCCAAAUGACAUACAUUGAUUUUCCUUUUGAAUUUGUUUAUUAAAGUAACAGAACCCCCAAAGAAGGCUCACUGACUUUGGUGGAAAACGCCCAAAGAGUAGUACGAGCAUGUUCAACUUUUAAAGAGUUUAUAGUGUAUUUGGAAGUAUCAGUAAAGAGUCCCGAUACCUAUGUCAUACCCAUCUGGGCGCUGUAGGCAAUGAAGAGUUUGUUUAAGUACAGACAUACACGCAUAUAAAUAUGUAUAUGUGUAUGUAUGUAUGUAUACACACGAGUUCUUGAAUUCUAAUUUUUUAUGGACAUUGAUUAUUCCUUUUGCUUACUAAUCGUUGGAUUUUUCAGCAGUAUACUGGCAUGAAGUUUAAUGAAUCUCUGUGUCUCUGAAUUAUAUUGGGGUGAAAGAGCAGUGGUUUUGUUGUUCUGGGCUGUUCGUUUGUUGGAACUGAAUUCCAUUGUAAAUGGGGCGGCCAGGAUUGAGGAGCUGUGGUGUCUCGGCGGAGUAUUUGUGUGAACAGCCGAAAUUAGAUAUUAGUGAUAAUAUUCGUCUAGUGCAACAUAUUUCAAGAUCACAGAAUGUUGAUGAAAAUUAUGCCGAGUUUUUAAAGUUUCUCUACAACUAUGAUAUAAAUUCUAAGUCAUACACAAAUGAACAUGGAAAUUAUGGCAGCGCUGAUGCAGUUGAGGAUGAGGAUGAGGAUGAAGCUGACCCGCAGUACAAGAUGUUUUUGGCUAAUGCUAAGCCUGAUGGAAAGUCAUAUGUGCUUAAAGUUGAUUCAGAGGAUGGCGUUCCUGUGUUCAUAAAGUAUGAAAAAGAGUGUGGGUGUAAUCAUGGGUGUGAAUGUUUGCAUCGAAAAAAACAGAAGGAUAUGGAGAUGCAAAAGGAUGCCGCGGAUGAGAAAAACUUGCUAAGUAGCAAUAAAUCCAUGGGAGACGUGGAUGCGAUAUUUGAGCCUGUCGAUCCUAUUUCUCAGAGGAAAAUUGGGAUUGUGAGCCGGAAGUGUAGCACGGGAAAACAUGGUGCAUCCAGGAGGCAGGGCAAAUCCGAGACUAAGAUAAAGUCAGGUAAGGAGAAGAUGAUGGAAAAAGGGAGUAGACCAGUUAAUGUUACAGGCAAAGAAGAAGCAUCCGAUGUAGAUGAAGAUUAUAGGUUACUCAUGGAAAAUCUUCAAUGUAAGAAUUGGGGCUUGAAAGCCUCGUUAAGAAGCGGUACUGUUAUUGAAUAUGAAGCCGUGGAAGAUGACGUCGAAAUCCUUUACAACAAUGGUGGUACACUCAACAAGAUAAAUGUGCGGUCUAAGUUCAGGCAGAAAGUCAUGGAUCUUCUGAAGAAGCCUUACAAUCAAAAUGAGUACGAAGAACUAUGGACUGAUGUUAAUGCUAAAAAACCAGUGCUAAAGCAUAUGGACUUGCGUAAUGGGAAAGUGAAGUUUUAUGGGACACAGAAAAUGGGAAAGUCAUAUCUGGAUCACCAUGAAGACCUUCAAAAAAGACUUAAAGAAGUUGAUAAUGAUAAUAGGAAAAAGUUGAAGAUCUUGCGUGGCUUUUUCUUUUGGUUACAGAAUCUCACCAACAAGGAAUCAUUCAUACCUUGGAAAGACGCUGAGUUUCUUUCGGGGGUGGCUGAAUCCAGCUAGAAGUGAUGCACCUGCAGUCUUACUUUUUUGCAAUUAAUCACACGAAGACAUCCACUGAAACAUGUCUAUAAAGUAUGUCAUGGUGAAGAUUGAAAUUAUGCACUGCAUUUUAUAUGAAGUACAUAUAUUAUACAGGCAAGCCAGCCUAGCAGUGGAACAUCUUGUGAAUUCUCGGCAUGGCUUUGGAAUUUUUUUGUGAUCUUCUAAGUUCUGGGGAUUUUUGUACGUCUCAAACAAGGAUGUAAAAGGAGUUGAUGUCAAUAUGCAUGCAAAAGUAAGUAUCUUCAUCCA